GGCUGACUGGCUUCACGCAGGCGAGCAGGGAGUGCGUCAUUUUUCGCAUCAAAACUAUCCCUUCUUGCGGUUUAUGGCAGAUUUCUUCGACAGAUUUGGUUCCUGUCUUUUAAAUGGGAGAUACAAAUCGACAUAAGAUGUCUUCUGGUAGCAUAGUCGAUGCUUUGAUUCGGAAGACAUUACUGGAUGACCAUGAAAAAAUGAAACAUCAGUUGGAAGAGAAAAAUAUGAAUGGAAACAGAGACUCAAAACGUUUCCAUGGAUCAGACAUGGACAAGUCGGGGUAUGGUUAUGGGAAACGUAGCUCAGGUGAGGGGAAACAACGUGCAUAUGAUUUUAAGGAACAGAGAAAAGAAAAUGAAAUAAUAAAUGGCUGUGACUUGAGAAGCGGUAAACCGGACAGUAGAAUGGUGAGCUCAAUAGAGAAAGUCUAUGCCUGGAACAAUAAUAUGGAAAAGUAUGAUAACCAUGCCUUGCAUCAAAACAAUAUGCAAGACGAUAAUGAAGAGGAUGAGAGAAGUGAUCGCCAUGGUGAUGGCACAUCUCAGAUUUCUUACCGCCCUGUGGACUAUGUAGAAGACAAGAAAGCGGUAGCAGUAGGGCAGGGCAAGGUAGAGGGUCAGCAUUUUCGGCCGGUGGUUUUAGUACAGAAACCUCUGCCCAUCAAAUUGGAAAUUCCAACCAGUGGUCAAAGUUCACCUGUAACCUCAGAUGGACAGGCAGUUUCACCAACUCAAAGUGAGGCUAGUCAGAAUGCUAGUGGUAACACAUCACCCAAUGCAAUUAGUCCAAAUGGUACCAUACUGAGCCAACAGAAACAUGCGUUGAAGAAAAAGAAGCGUAAGCGAUGUGGUCUGUGUGAGCCGUGUCUAACCAAAACCAACUGUGGGGAAUGCUCAAGUUGUCGUAAUCGUAGAACAGGGCAUCAAAUAUGUAAACUAAGAAAAUGUACAGAGUUGAAGAAGAAGGUGCACGGUAACCCGUUGGACCCAGUACGAGUUAUGAAGAGACCUGUACUAAAGAAGGUUGGAAUGGAACACAUUCCUAGUAGUCCAGGCCUUUUAUUGACCGCAGAUCAAGUCAAAUUGGCAAGUCAUGUUCAUGAUCAAAGGACAAGUAUUGCAUCAACAUUGGCUAAUGGGAUGCAAGAUAUCCAUCAACAAACUAAUAACCAUGGCAACCAACCCUCUCCAAUGCAGCUAGAUCGGCGAAUGGGGCACCCAACUUUUGCUAAAGAGAAUAUUGCGUUUCCUACUUCACAUAUUAAAGAGGAUCAAACCCAUCUUGAAAAUGCAGCCCAGCAAACCAGUCAACACCCGCAGUUUGUAAACCAACAUGCACAGCAGUAUGUGCAACAUGGAAGUCCCCACCAACAUGUCAAUCAGCAACUUGCAGCUCAACAUUCUACUCAACAUUUGCAACAUGAAAAACAUGUCCAACAUGGAAACCAACCCCCACAACAUGGAAACCAAGCCUCGCAACGUGUUAGUCAACAGUCCCCACAACAUGGAAACCAACCCCAACAACACAGGACCCAACACCAACCGCAUGGGAACCAACAACAUGGAAACCAACACCAGCAACAUGGAAACCAACACCAGCAACAUGGAAACCAACACCAGCAACAUGUGAACCAACAUCACCAACUUGCAAAUCAACAUCAAAAACAUGGAACUCAACACACUAAACAUGGUAACCAUCACCCAAUUUAA